AUGAAAGAAGAAGGUGUGGAGAUCGGGUCGCGAGACUUGGACCAGACGCUUUCUGCCGAAGAAGCCAAAUCCUUUAACAGCGAUGAUGCCCUUCUCAUGAGCAUGGGCAAGAAGCCCGAACUGCGACGGGUUUACAAUUUCUGGACAUUAUGCGCCUACCAGAUCAUGAUAUCGUGCAGCUGGUCAUGCCUGGUAGUAUUGUACUCGACCAUCUUUGACGUCGGUGGACCGUUCUGCUUGCUUUGGGGGACUCUCUUUGUCGCAGUUGGCCAGACUCUGCUCAUGACCUCCCUUGCCGAAUACGCCAGCCUGUGGCCCACGGCAGGAGGGCAGCAGUACUACACCCAAGCCGUCGCCACAGGGCCAAUGAGGCCGUUCUUGUCGUACGUCGUGGGUUGGGCAGUCAUCGUCGGCGAGAUAUCCACAGGGUCGAGCUGUGCGCUCAACAGCGCUGAUAUUAUCGCCUCUUUCGUCGAAGUCACCCACCCCGACUUUGAGUGGCAUCCCUGGCACACCUGGCUCAUCUAUAGUGCCUUUCUCAUCGGCCCCAUAGUGAUAAACUUGAAGCAAAGAUGGCUGCCAGCAAUGAAUUUGUUUGGGGCUGGGUGGACGAUAUUCGGAGGCCUUGCCUGGGCAGUUGUUUUCGGUGUCAUGGCAAAACCAAAACAUGACGCCGCGUUCAUCUUCACCAAGUUCAUAAACAACUCAGGCUACACUAGCAAGGGCUGGGUGUUCAUCAUGUCAUUUUACAGUCCCAUGUAUGGACUAUACGGGACUGAUGGGAUGAUGCACUUGGUGGAAGAGAUGAAGAAUGCCUCGAAGGAAGCUCCUCGUGUGAUGGUGUGGUCAAUGAUUUUCUGUAGCAUCACGAGUUGGCUGGCGGCUGUUCUCAUGAUGUGGACUGCUGGAAACUGGGAGUCCUAUAUGACAGCAUCUCAGCCGUAUAUGAACUGGUGGAUGGAUGUCACGAACUCUGUGUAUGGUGGUGGGAUCUUUUGUGCACUGAUCAUGAUAGGUCUGAACUUCUUCAUCAUCGUCGGCACCAAUCUUGCUGGUUCACGGCUUGCUUGGAGUAUGGCAAGGGACAAAGGACUUCCCUUUUCCGAGUACUUUGCCCACGUGAGCACAAGAUUCCAUAUCCCUUUGAGAACGAUGGUGGCCAUCUUGGUCAUUGACCUAAUCAUUGGCUUGAUCGUUCUUGGUAGCGAUCUUGCAUUCGAAUCGAUCAUAUCCGGUGGAGGAGUGACGUUACAGCUCGGUUAUGUCAUACCAAUUAUUGUGGUUCUCAUCCGUGGCCGCAAGAUCCUCCCGCAUAGGCCGCACUUCGACCUUGGCCGAUGGGGCUAUCCUAUCAACAUCAUCAGUGUCUGCUGGUCCUUGAUCAUCAUUUCCAUGUAUCUUUCGCCGCUGUAUGUGCCGGUGACGAUUGCCACCAUCGACUACAUGAACUGGUCAUGUUUGAUUGUCGGUGCAACAAUAUUGUUUCCUGGUAUUUAUUGGGUCUGGAGGGCGCGCUUCACAUACAUCAAGGAGAACAACUCUGUGUUGACAGAUAAUGUCGUGUUCAUCGAUGGAACGGCUGUCAGCGGGAGCGAUGCUCUACGAGCCGCUGCUCUUGGGAAAUAA